AUGGCCGACGAAAAGUUCAUACCGCUGGGCCACAUCGUUGUCACAGGCGGAUCCGGCUUCCUUGGAAAUCACAUCGUCUCCCUCCUCGCAUCGCGCAAGGCAUAUACGAAGCUCACCGUCCUCGACCUGAAGAAGCCCGCCGAACCUAUACCAGGUGUGAACUACCAAGAUGCCGACCUCACCAACUACGAUGCGCUCCUCUCCGUCUUCCAGAGUCUCAAGGCGGACGCCGUCGUGCACACCGCUAGCCCAAUCCAUUCUAUGGGGAACAAGGAGUUGAUGUACAAGGUCAAUGUUGAAGGAACCAAGAACGUAGUCAGAGCGUGUCAAGAGACUGGGGUGAAAGCAAUGGUUCACACAUCCACGGCCAGCGUGGUUCACGACACCAAGUCGGACCUGGUCAACGCGAACGAAGAAUACCCUCUCAUCAUGGGCAAGGACCAGCCUGAAUACUACACUGUCACCAAGGCUCAAGCAGAGAUCCACGUUCUUGCUUCCAACCGCACCAAGGAAUACCCAAAAUUCCUCACCGCUGCUCUUCGACCAUCAGCCAUGUUUGGCGAAGGCGACGUACAGCUCAUUCCACCGGGUCUCAGCGCAUACUACAAAGGGCAGACGAAAGUUCAAAUAGGCCAAAAUGACAACCUGUUUGACUUCACCAACAUCGUAAACGUUGCGCAUGCGCAUCACCUCGCGCUUGCGGCGCUAUUAGCGACGCGCGAACGCGAGGACAAAGGCGGCAGUGCUCCACUCGACCACGAGAAGGUUGACGGCGAAGCCUUCUUCAUCACCAACGACUCGCCGGUUUACUUCUUCGACUUUGCGCGCAGUGUUUGGGCCGCGGCAGGAGACAAGACGGAGCUCAAGCAGGUCUGGACGCUGAGCAAGGACGUCGGUCUGCUUAUCGCGACGCUAAUGGAGCUGGUGUUCUGGCUCUUCAGAAUGGGCAAGCCGAAUUUGACAAGGCAGCAGGUGCAGUAUACGUGCAUGACGCGGUACUUCAAUAUCGACAAGGCGAAGAGGAGGUUAGGGUACAUGCCUGUGGUGUCGAUGCAGGAAGGGGUAGACAAGGGCGUGAAAGAUGCGUUGUACAGGGGUGUGGUGCGAGGUCAGCCAAUGGACUUGAAGGGGAAGAAAAACCAAUAG